GUACCUAUACACGUCGUUCUCCUAUUUCACCGCAGUGCGUAUCAUGGUUAAAAACACCAAUGUCGAUUGAAGCAUGACCUAACAGUAAUUUUUAGCGAUAACAGCAAGCAGAAGCACAUAGUCGAUAUCUUGAGAAGGGAUUUGAAAUGAAACUGUAAGUAACGUUGAGAAGAAAACGGCUCAAAAGCUAUGGUUAAACCUACAACAAUUGCUACAUAUUCCUUCGACUAAUGAGAUAUGAACUGUGCUUACUACAAAUGCAGAAUAACAACGGUACACCAAGUAUUCGAAAGCUAAGUACCAUUCAACGAAAUAAUGUUAACAUAAGAAACAUCAGGGAACGUGGAGAAUAAUUCACAAGCUACCAUUACAGCGGCAAAAUGUAUAAUAUAUUGAUAGCGCUGGGGUAUCAUCUACGCAAUGGAAUUGACCAAUCGUUGGUACCACGUGAAAGUACGCUAACAUCCCUCUGCUUUGCGUACAGUAUUCAUUACAGUGUUCUCUUCCGUGUAAAUUUUAAAUUCAUAUUCGAGUCUAUCCCACGAUCAGAUCGCAUAAGAAUCGUUUGUUUAGUUACUUUGUUUCAAAUGUAAGAAACGCUUCGAAUCUUAGUUGCUUCUUUGCUGUCUCGAGUUGAUCUCGAAAUCCUUAUUGUUUUUAAAUAAUUUGCCGUGACAGUCGUGUCCCAUUAUGAUACGAAAUAUAACUCCAGAGAAGGCGAUAGCUUUUACUCGGUUAAGCGUGGCUCUAAAUGCUUAUUGGCCUCCAUCGCCAACUGCCACGAGGAUCCAAGUGCUUUGUUUCAAAGUCUAUAGAUUUAUAGCGAUGCUUAGCGUCGGGGUGUUCCUGUUCCCGCUAUCGUACUCGAUCUACGUGAACAUAAAAGUUGAUACGUUUACUGUCACCAAGGUGACUUGCUUCACCUCUGCUAUCGUACACAUCUUCGGGCAGUCAAUUCUGAGCUACAUCCAUUACGAUAGGAUUCAGGCGAUAAUUGCACAGAUGACAGACUUCUGUGCGAAAGCAAAGUCGCAGGAAAGAUCUGUCCUGCAACGUUACGUGGAUAAAUAUUCGACGUUUUACAUGGUGGCUGUAUCCUGGUUUUACAUGACAUCUGCCAUGUUCGUCUUAGGAACUCUGCUCAUAGAUCAGCCCUUUCCAACAGACGCUGCAUAUCCGUUUGACGUCGACUACGAACCAUUGAGGACGACAAUCUUUUUGCACCAAAGUUACGUCUGUAUACAGUGUGCUGCAAUGACGAGCUCCAACGCCUACGUUGCUCUGUUGUUGUUGUUCGCAGCAGCACGACUCGAGAUUUUAAUGCUGGAGCUACGCGAUGUUCAUGACUUUGAAGCGUUGAUUCGAUGCAUCAAAAAGUAUUACAGUGUGAGAAGUUACGCACAGGAAGUGGUUGAUGUUACUCAAUGUACAGCACUUCUUACGAUAAUUCUGACCAGUAUACCACUUGUGCUCUGCGGUGUGAACAUUAUCAGUAAGCAACCGGUUAUGAUAAAAAUGCAGUUCAUAUUUAUGGCUGGGACUGCGUUUCUGGAGGUUUUCAUGUGUGUGUGGCCAGCUGAUGUCAUGUUGGACGUGAGUAGUAACGCUAUCCAAAAAGUGUACGAAUCGACUUGGUACGCACAGACUGUGAAAAUGCAGAAAAUUGUCCUCCUCGCGUUAUUACCUCAGAAGCCAUUAACCAUCAGUUUGGGGUUCAUCGUUCCGGUUCUGUCGCUGAACUUUUAUUGCUCGUACGUUUCAAAUGCAUUCUCCAUAUUUACUGCUUUACGGCUCGUAUUGAACGAGCACGCCGAAAGUUGAAUACGUACAAAUAAUGUUAUUUUAUAGACUGCUGGUUGAUUAGCAGUAGUAGAUCGAAGUAUAUCUCGAUGUUAAUGAAAUGUAUGUUAAAAUACAUAAUUGAAAUAGAAUUAUAGAACCAAUCAACAC